UUUUACCAUCACGCUAUGCCCAGUUUUUCAGUCUCGUUUUUGCUCCAUGUUUCCUGCCUAAUACCCAUCUUAUUAUCAAGUCCUUGUAACUUUUCCUUUCCUUCAUUUUUUUUUUUCUUUUUCUUUUUCGCUUUUGCCAUCUUCUUUAUCUCUGUCUAGCCCAUGAGACAUGAGCGAAAUAUAAAGAGCACUAGCGUAGCCUUCAUGGUUGUGGUCGGGGUCACUAGUCAUAUAUUAUUUUUUUAUAAAUCUGUCUUUACAAAAAGUGAUGAAUGCUCUCAUAAUAUAACCAAGCUAAGACUGUUUUACUUUCGUUCAGUUCUGCUUGUUCUGGGAAGCGCUAGACUAAAUGCUCUCUCUAGUUCGACUCUAUGUCCAUUAUGGAUAAAUAGUAUUUUUCCUGUUUAUCAUCAAGAUCAAAGACUUUCAUGGUCAAAGGUUGACUACAUUUAUACAUUCGUGUUUAUAUUUUUAUUACAAAUGAAUAAAGGCCUUUUGUUGUUGUCCUUUUUUUUUUUCUCUUCUUUUUCUUUUUUAUUCUUCGUUCUCUAAUCGGUAUCUUGUUCCUGGGUUUAUUUUAGAAGCUGAAACACGUCUGUCCAUUUGUUUGAUAAGCAGAACACCGCACCUGUUUUAAUACUUCGGAGCAAAGGCUUUUCGAUGUCAGUGAUAAGCAAGGCUUUGUAAUCUAGGAGAAAUAUCAUGUCAGCAAACGUGC